UUACAUUCCAGGAAGUCUGUGUUGUGCUGGAAUCACAAGUAAAGGCUCUCCAUCUUGGCCCUGGUCUCAUGUCUUCCACAAAACCCACACUACUCUGGCUGGAACGCAGCUGUCUCUUUCAAGACAUCGCGAUGACUCCAUACAUGUCUCACAUGGGAGGGUAACGCAAUGCGACAUUCUCUCAACCAAUGGGAUCAUACAUAAAGUGAACAAGAUGUUUGACAUGGCAUCACAAAGGAAUGGACGCAGGAGACAUCGACCAAUCACAGACCUCUGGAGAUGGGACCUAGAUUGGGAUAAAGAGCUCAACUUGGACUGGAACUGGGACACUUAAAGUCAGGUUACUUCCAGUUUAAAGUCAAACAAUGGACCAAUGAAUCAAAUUAACUUUUUCGAAGCAGAGACUAUCUAUGGAAGUUUCCAUGAUCCAAACUGAUCAAAAUCAGUUGAAAAAAUUGAUGAAAACCAUUUUGAAAAUUUUGAUCACACAUUUUCUCUUGUGAGAAUUAUAAUGAGCUAACAAGGC